AUGAACACUUCGGGAUUUUACAUCAACGAGCUCGAGAGGGCGCUCUCCGAACAAGCCCCGUUCAUUCAGACAUUUUCUGUGGACAGUUCUUCAUCAUUGCAGGCUACUGGAUCAGUGACGCUACUGGAAGGAAAUGUGGUUAAUAUCGAGAUCACGAAUCGAGGAUUUCAUUCGCACCAAGCCAGAGAACUACCUUUCGAGACCAUUGAAGAUCUUCUCCAGACAGUUAGUCCUCUCUACGCGCGACAGAGACAAUCUGUUUUAUUGGAUGCUUUGGAAAAAUUGUCUUCAAACCAGCCAUUAAAUGGAGGAAAAGACAAGCGUGAACACUGCGGUUGA